AUGUCUUAUAACAACACUAUGGCAUCUAGCGCCACGGAAAUGCAUAGUCCUUCGUUUAUGGGCUCUCCACAAAUUUCAGCAAGCCAACAAUAUUCAGCGGCCGCGUAUCCUGUUGAUAAUCUUCUGCAAGAUACAAGCUACAGUAAUGGGCCAGCAUCUUCUACGGUUAAUCAGCAGGGGACUACUAAUUCGAGGGUUUUAGAGAACCUUAAGCAACACCAUCGGAAGGCAUCUUCAUUUAGUAGUCAAUCGACGGCGGGGUUGGGUAGGGCACGGACGUCUUUGCAAAGACAACGUACUACGCAAGGAUCGGAUCCACGUUCACCGUUGGUGACGUUAAUGCCUAUCAAUGCUAACCCGACAGAGGUUCUGGCGGCGAGAUUUGCGUCGUGGCGGUCUGUGAUAAAGGCCAUUCUCGUGUAUUUAACAGAGACAGCCUCAAUUCAAGAUGAAAUUGUUAGGCAGCAUCUACGUCUAUCGCAUGCUGUCAACUUUCCCUUUUUUGCAUUAGAGAAUUCUCAUCAACCCAGUACUCCUGAGGAGAAGGCAAUACAGCAGUUCUUUUUGCCGCUAGGCAGUGGUUCUGUGCAAGACUUGCCUACUAUUUUAUCGAGUUAUCACUCGCAGAUGGCUUCUACAGCAUCGAAGGCAUCGAAGGAGUUGACGAAUGAGGUUAUUCCACGUUUAGAAGAUAUGAGAAGGGAUUUACUAGUGAAGAUUAAGGAAAUCAAAUCACUACAAAGCGAUUUUAAGAAUGUGUGCACGAAAGAGGUAACAGACACCAGGCAAUUUUUGAAAUCAUUUCAUGAGUCAAUCGAACAAGCUCGCUAUGGGACUCCCAAGAGCGAUCCGUAUUUAACAAGGGUUAUACUAGAGAAACAGAUCAAAAGACAGUUAGCGGAAGAAAACUUUUUGCAUGAAGCUUUCAAUAAUUUGCAAUCCUCUGGUAAGGAAUUGGAAAGGGUUGUUGUUAUGGAAAUUCAAAAUGCUUUAACUAUAUAUGCGCGGAUAAUAGGCAGGGAAGCUCAGUUAGUAUUCGACACUGUAAUUUCAAAAUUGGACGUGGGAUUUUUCAACAAAGACCCAGCAUUUGAAUGGGAUAACUUUAUUUCUAGAGAUCCAAAUUUUGUUGCUCCGAAUGUGCCUAUGAGGCACUUGAAAGAUAUUUCUUACAAGCACCAAUAUGAUCCACUGACGUACAAAGUACAGUGCGGUUUCCUAGAGAGGCGGUCCAAGUUUUUGAAGUCCUACUCCAGAGGUUUCUAUGUUCUAACGCCGUCAUUCUUACACGAAUUUAAAACAUGUGAUCGAAAGAAGGACUUAGUCCCGGUCAUGUCCUUGUCGUUAAGUGACUGUACAGUCGCGGAACAUUCAAAAAAGGAGUCAUCGGAUUUCAAAUUUAUUCUUCAUGCUAAGCAAAACGGUAUUAUUCAUAGGGGUCACAAUUGGGUUUUUAGGGUUGACUCCUAUGAUUCUAUGAUGGAAUGGUUUAACAGCAUCAAAAAGUUAACAUCGAUUACUAAUCCUGCAGAGAAGGCGAAGUGGGUUAGUGAGCAUCUCAAUUUGGACAGCACUGGUAAGCCAAAAAGACACUCAUUGUUACGUGAUAAUCAAUCUGCUACUACCACACGGACGAGCUCGAAUAUUGAUUCUCCAAACAAUCCUUCACAGUAUCUACCAAACUAUGAUGGGAACACUAACACUAACACAACAUUGUCAAGUCCAGGCACGAGCUACAUGCUAGACUCGGGAGGAGGGACAAUUCAAAUACCCAUCACAGUAAGUAAAAAAGAGCGUCCAGAUCUCUGCUCACCAAAACCCUUAAAGUAA